UCUCUCUCUCUUUCUUAUCUACCCACCCCCACCCAGGAUAACACUUGUUCUUGCUAUGCCAGCCAACUCUUUCUAGAGGCACCAAUUUUUUAUCUGAAACUUCAUCAACCACUAAACACCCCAAGUCAUCCUGCUAACUCCUCUCACUUCCAUUAUUUUCCCUAAUCUCUCUCACUCUCUCACUCUCUCUCUCUCUCUAACCCAAAACAAAAUUUAUAAUGCAGUGUUCUGCUCUCAUUGCUCAAAACACUUUUAGAUAGAUAUGUCAGACUCACACUUUUUACAGUAAAUUUUGGUUCAUUGAGGCUUCAUCUGAAAUGGGGUUUCUUAAAAUUUCAUGGGCAGUUUUGAUUCUUUGGGUGGUUCCAUUUUUGUGUUCGAAAGCAAACUCUGAUGGUUCAGAGGUUUCUGUUAAGUUCUUGAAGGCUCCACAUGCAUUCUCUCAUCUCAACUCGGCCACAUUUUCCUUUGAAGCUUUGGUUGGAGGAAAUGCAGAGUCCUGUACAAAUUGUAGCUUCAGUUGCAAGCUGGAUGAUGGGGUGAGUUCUUAUUGUGGAACUCGAAACGUUUCGUACUCAGGCUUGCAGGAUGGAAAUCAUACAGUUGAGGUCUGCACCAAUGGGCCUCCAGGAGUUGCUUGUGCUUCACAUAACUGGACUGUUGAUACACUACCCCCAACAGCAACUGUUACUGCCUCUAGAUCUUUUACGAACGCUUUGAAUGUUUCUGUAAAUAUUUCUUUCAGUGAGCCCUGUAGUGGUGGAGGAGGUUUUGGAUGUUUGUCUACGAACACCUGCAACCUGCUAGUCUAUGGGGCUGGCCAAGUUGUACCAUCUUCACUCAAUACUCUGCAGCCGAACCUUAGAUAUUCUCUUCUUGUGGGUUUAUCACCCUCUGUUCAAUACGGACGAGUUAUCCUGGUGAUGGACAAGAAUUUCUGCACCGAUAAUGCUGGAAACAGUUUUGUAAGAACGGAAAAUUCAAGAUUCUAUGUACGCAUUGAUAGAAGAAAUGUGUUUGUCAACUUGAGGAUUCAUAUUCCCGAAAGGCUACUUCAGCUGAAUGGUGAAACCAGAACAGUGCAGGCAACUAACAAUUACAAUAACCUAAAGAUUUAUUUGUACUUCUCAGAACCAGUUCUGAAUUCAUCUGCAGAAAUUUUAAAUUCCCUCAACAUAAGUCAGGGAUCACUUCUCCCUGAUAGCAGAAAGAACCUCGGGAAUCGCAGAUUUGGCUUUGUGGUUGCAGAUAUAUCUAACGUCGCUAUAGUCACAGUAAGCCUCAAUUCGAACUUGAUAAUAAGCAGACAAGGGACUCCAGUUUCUCCAAUUUCACCGACAACUUUCCUUUUUGAUUCAAAAAGACCUGCUGUGAAGUUGAGUACACCCUCAAGUAUGAGAACAAGAGAACACAGUAUCCCCGUAUUUAUAAAGUUCGUGAAGCCUGUAUUUGAUUUCAACUCUUCUUCUUUGGCACUAUCAGGAGGGCGCUUACAAAGCUUUCGCGAAAUAAGUAAGAGCACAUACAUUGCCGAAAUAGAAGGAGUUGAUGACAUUGUUUCUGUCAAUGUUCCUGAAAACACAUCCCGAGAUGUUACUGGAAAUAAAAAUCUUGCAUCAAAUGUUCUUCGAGUGACACACUAUUCGGUGCCUGUGAUAUCUUCUGUCAUAUCAGCAUUUGCAACUGCUCUUUUUGUGUUGACGUCCAUAGCUGCAGGGCUGCUUUCGAUUUCAACUGCAAGCCUUCAAUCUCUUUGGUCAAUUAGCAGACCUUCUUUGGCAUCUGAACCAGCAAGAAAUCUUUUUAGAAUUGCUUGCCAUAUUCAAGUUUUUGCACUCUCUAGAUGGUUGGCAGUUACGCUACCCGUUAAUUUUUAUGAACUAGUAAGGGGUUUACAGUGGAGCAUUCCUUACUAUAGUCUCCCAUGGGAAUCAGGGAAUGGCUUCCCAGUCUCUAGUCCUUUCCCCAGCUCGAGUUCCUACAUCAUCGAGAAUUAUAGCUCCGAAAUUUUGCAAAGUGCGCAACUAGAAGAAGAGAGUUUUAAGAAGGAUACUUCACUGUACGGGUUGCCACUUAGUCCAGCAGAAUACAGAAUGUUUUUUGAGUUGGACGGUGAAAACAUUAGACCUGAAGCUGAGUAUCUCUCCAAUCGUUAUAACGCUAACCGGUGGAGGAAUUUUGAUAGAACGAUGUUCUGGUUAGCUGUGUUUUGUGGCAGUUUGAUUCUGUUACGUCUUUUAGUUCUUUUUAUCCUGAAACUGAGGAAAAAUUCUGAGAAACGGGGAUGUUAUGGAGCACUCACAUUCCCCAGAUUUGAGAUAUUUCUUGUAAUACUUGCAUUGCCUUGUAUUUGUGAGGCCUCUGCUGCUCUAGUUAGAGGAGGAGUUUCAUCUGGGGUUAUAGUUGGCAGUCUGUUGCUGGUUGUCACAUCUUUUCUGCUGCUCGCCUUGUUCUUGUUCCUCUCAGUUGGCAUCACAUUCGGAAAGCUGCUUCAGUACAAGGAAGUGCAUCACGAAGGCCUGAAGUUUCACUGGUAUCAAGAGCUAGUCCGGGUGACCCUAGGUCCGGGCAAAAGAGGUCAGUGGACAUGGAAAGGUCAACAGAACUCUGUUUAUCUAAUCAUUUUCGGCCCUCUCUUUGAAGAUCUAAGAGGCCCCCCAAAGUACAUGCUCUCUCAGAUUUCUGAGGGCAAUGCUGGCAAGCAUGGGGACUCCAUUAUUGCUUCCGAUGAUGAAACAGAAGAUGCAGAAGCACCUUUUAUCCAAAAGGUGUUUGGAAUACUGCGAAUAUACUACACGCUGCUGGAAUGCGUGAAAAGGGUUGCUGUUGGGAUCAUGGCUGGUGUCUACAUGGGCAAAUGGUCCUCGAAAACUCCUUCGAUCACCUUACUUUGCAUAACCUCUUUCCAACUCUUUUUCAUUGUUCUCAAGAAGCCCUUCAUUAAGAAAAAGGUUCAGCUGGUGGAGAUCAUCUCGAUUUCCAGUGAAGUCGGAUUAUUUGCAACAUGCUUGCUUCUCUUGGAGAAGGAUUUUUCAGCCGGCGACAAGACUAAACUUGGACUUUUCAUGCUAUUUCUAUUCCUAGUCGGAUUUAUUGCACAGAUGAUUAAUGAAUGGUAUGCAUUGUACAAACAAACAUUGCUGCUGGAUCCUGCUGAGAACUUCUUAACGGGUCUGAAAUUAGCUUCAGUUGGAUGCCUCCUGUUAUUCAUGCCGCGGAAAUUGAUCAAUACCUUGGAAAGCAAGUUCCAAGUGGAGAGCGAGUUCCAAGUGAGUCAGCAGACCGAGGGAGCAACGAGGGAUCCUAGUUCAUCUACAGGAGGUUACCGGAGCUCAGCUGCAACAGAUAAACCGUGGCUAAAACAACUAAGGGAGAUGGCAAAAUCUAGCUUUAGUAAAGAAGGAAGUGGUGUUACGAAUGAUCCUUCAAGUAGUCACACUCGAACCAGAUGGAGCGGGUUUUGGAGUGCGAAAGGGAGCGGGAGCUCCUCAACGCCAAAUUCUUCCGUUGAUUAUAAAUCGAAAUCAAGAGGGCUGUACAAAGAUUUAGAGGCCAUUUUUGCAUCCAAGUGAAAGAGACAAAAGGGAAGUUUUCCCUGAUUACCAAACAAGAACAAAGAGAAGUUUUCCCAACAGCAAAAGAUGUUCCAAAUUGUUUUGCAAUUGCUUGUCUCUCAAGUCUCAACAGAUAAUGUAUAGUUGAUUGAUUUUCAAUCUAGAGUACUUGUGGACAUAAAGUACUCCUUGAGCAAUACCUUCUGUCAUCCGAAAAAAAUUUCUCCAAUCUAAUUAUGACCAGUAGUUGCCAGUA